GUUUGCGCGAUCUUCACGGCAGCUUGGGAAUGUGGUAGCCUCCUCCAGUGAGCUCGCCUUGCUUCAGCAAACCCGGGGGUCUCCGUAAUGUUCCUAGGGGGGCGUUGCUAGGAAUUCCUCCUCGCGUCAGUGGAAGGCACGCAAAAACACCUGCCGGCGCCAAAGCAGCCACCAUACAGGUGUAUUUUUAUAAAUUGCUCUCAGAGGCUCCGGAGCAGUAAGGACUCCGUUCGUGACUCUAAAUUGCCCUGCUCUGUGAAGGUACAAAUGAAGAACCGCUGGUCUGAUUCUGGGAAUAAAUUCUGUAACUACACAAAGAUGACUAAGCCAGCUGAUAGGCGCUGCAGAACGGAUUGCUGUGCCUCAGCUGUUUUACUCACCGGGGCUGCAGUAGAAGCUUUUGUUUUUCUCCAUUUUAUGAAGUCAUUGUAAGACUGCAUGCAAACAUCCUGAGUAUGUUCAUAGACAUGCUUUAGAGAUCACAAGAGCGUGUAGAAUAGCCACCAUGGGUCCCACUCAGCUUGUCACACAGAACCAUGGGAAGAAGACAAGUGUUUUUAACAUGGAGGAAAAAGUAUUUGCACUUUUCCAGAAUUCAGAGAUUCCCUCUGAACCUAGAGAAAACCCUCCCCUGAAAAGGAAGAAGGGGCCAGCCCCCAAGAUGCUAGGAAAUGAGGUGUGCAGCGUAUGUGGGGACAAAGCCUCCGGCUUCCAUUACAAUGUCCUGAGUUGCGAGGGCUGCAAAGGUUUUUUCCGACGCAGUGUGAUCAAAGGGGCCCAAUAUAUCUGCAAGAACAGUGGCAGAUGUGAGAUGGAUACGUACAUGCGCCGGAAAUGUCAGGAGUGUCGGUUACGCAAGUGCUAUGAAGCAGGCAUGCGAGAGCAAUGUGUUCUCUCAGAAGAGCAAAUCCAGCUGAAGAAACUUAAGAAGCAGGAAGAUGAUCAAGCCCGGAUGAUAGCUGUGCGUCAGAACCCACCAUCUCCUCCAAGCACCCUUCCCAAAAUGACACCAGAGCAGCUUGUUAUGAUAGAAAAACUUGUUGCAGCUCAACAGCAGUGUAAUCAACGGUCUUUCACAGAUAGGCUUAAAGUGACGCCGUGGCCUCGGAUUUCAGAUCCUCUUCAUCGUGAAGCACGACAACAGCGCUUUGCUCAUUUCACAGAGCUUGCCAUCAUUUCUGUGCAGGAAAUUGUGGACUUUGCCAAACAGUUGCCAGGUUUCUUGGAACUCACUAGAGAAGACCAAAUUGCUCUUUUGAAGACUUCUACAAUAGAAGUGAUGCUGUUGGAGACAUCUAGGCGCUACAAUCCAGAAACUGAAAGCAUAACUUUUUUGAAAGAUUUGAGUUACAAUCGGGAUGAUUUUUCCAAGGCUGGCCUACAAAUUGAAUUUAUUAAUCCCAUCUUUGGAUUUUCAAAGAGAAUGAAUGAACUGCAUCUCAAUGAUGCUGAAUAUGCACUUUUAAUUGCCAUCAGCAUUUUUUCUGCAGAUCGGCCAAAUGUUCAAGAUCAAACUCUGGUAGAAAAGUUGCAGCAUACCUAUGUAGAAGCCCUUCACUCAUAUAUAUGUAUUCAUAGGCCAAACGAUCACCUAAUGUUCCCACGGAUGUUAAUGAAACUGGUCAGCCUUCGGACUUUAAGUAGUGUUCAUUCUGAACAAGUGUUUGCUCUUCGGCUACAGGACAAAAAGCUACCACCACUUCUUUCAGAGAUCUGGGAUGUCAAUGAAUGA